CCCCAAGGAAACAGCUGAUCUAAAACCCAGGGGUCCUUGGUCCUGGCGUUUCUUGGGGUCCCAGGCAGGCAGGUGGGGAGUGAUUGGAGGAGUAGUUCUAGGGGUUUCGACCACCUGUGAUUCCCGCCUAUGUCCUGACCUUAGAACCCAGUCUGUCCAGGGCCCCCCAUCCUCAGUGUUAGAAGCUCAGCCAGCUGGCAGCCUUCACCGAGGCCCCCCAUCCACAGCCCCGGAUGACACCCGCCCUUCUCACCCCUCCAGGAACAUGUCAUCCCUGUUCUCGAGGGACACCAAGAGCUUGGUCAGAGAGCUGGGCAGGAAAGAUGAACUGGUGCCUGUGAACAGCCUGGCCAGUGCCCUGCACCUGCGCCUCUUCUGCCUGGUGAGGAAGAAGCACAGGCACCACCUUUGCCCUUGGGACCCCCUCAUCGCCACGGACUUCUCCCUCAUGGAUGCCUUAGAGCCUGGCUCCCCCAUCCCAGAGGUGAGCCGGAGUGAACCCAUCCACAUCCAGGAGACGGUGGCAGCAGCCAUGAUGGGGGCCAUGAGCAUGGGCACCAGCGGGCUGCUGGGGAAUGUGACCGGGGGCGGCGUGGCGACCCGCAGCUCUGCCCUGGCUGUGCAGACUCUCAGGGUGUCCCCCAGCACCUGGGAGACUCUGGUGGAGACGAGGAAACUGAGGACUCCGAGGCCCUUGUUCCUCAGGGAUCUGCUGAGCCAGAAGCGGGAGAGCCUGUACGUGGUGACGGAGGCCGUGGAGGUUAUGGAGGCCACCACGCUUCAGAGCCUCAGCGGAGCAGAGGGAGCAGGGCAGCUGUCCUUCCUCGGGCUGGGCCUUCUCAAGGUACAGGGGGGCCACAUUCAGGGUGCGGGGGUGCUGAGAGCCACCGAGGAGCCCCACCCCGCCACCCGAAUGCCGGCCAAAGAGCUGCCCCACUGAAGACCCACGUGCACCAGGAGUGGAGUUCCCGGGCGCUUGGGUCUUGUGUCGUGGUUCUCAACC